GGUAUCUUGAAAAGUCACCGUUUGCGUCCAUUGAUAAAGAAAAUAGAUCAUGAAGGAUAGUGCUAAAAUAUAUCUGCGUACAAAAGAAAGGACGAAUUUCAGUCUGACAUCUGUGGUUUCUUCAUCAACAAUUCACAGUACGCAAUCUGAGGGUGUGAGUCGGUUAAGAUUUGAACGCCAUUUCAACCACCUACACGCUGUCAUCCAACUCCCAUAACGCAGACGUCAAGUUUUAAAUCCGGUAAACAAGGAUCGUAGAUAAACAUCAAAGGCGUGGAGAAUCGCGCACUUGGAAUUUACAGUGAAAGCCUGAAAAAAAUACUAGUCAUGUAUUCUUACAUGACACCUUGAGCUUGACGUCAGCGGUAGCACUCGCUCCCCAAUGGCGGGGAAAUUGAUCUGAUAAACUAUCACGGACGUUCGUGUCCUUCAUUCAUCCGCUUAAAAAAAUAAGUCAGAACGACUGACUUCGUACCAUGCAUCGUAAAAAGCAACGGAAAUGCCCCAACCCCCUUUUCUUGAAGUGUCUGGAGGAUUGGCGGGAUGAAGCGAAACAGAGGAACUCCAAGCUGCAGCACACGUACGCCAAGGCUGCUGCUGCUAUGAAGAAGUAUCCAUUACCUCUUAGUUGUGGAAAGGAGGCAAUGAUUCUUGAUAACAUAGGUGCUAUGAUUGCAAGAAGGCUUGACAAAGCCAUGGUAAAGCAUUCUGUCAAUAAUCACCAAGAGGUGUUUGCAAAUCAUGAUUUGGAAGAUGAAUACACAACAGAUCCGGUGCUAGACUCACUCAGUGUACAUACUCCACCAUCAGUUGAGUUAAAUGAUGAUAUUCUUGAAGAAGGACUUAAAAAGAGAAAAGAACCUAAGAGAAAAGUCACUAAUGAAUAUGUACCAGCCUUCAGAUCAGGACCUUAUGCUUUGAUUGUGACAUUAUAUCAACAUAAUCAGAGACUUAACAAUCCAGGAUACAUGACAAGAGCUGAGCUUCAGAGGGAAGCACAGUCACUCUGUGAUGCUUCCUUUACAAAGCCUGACCCGGGCAGUCAUUACACAGCAUGGUCUUCUAUGUCAACACUGAUCAAAAAAGGUUUUAUUACCAAGACAAGCAAUCCGGCCAGAUAUUCCAUCACUGAUCAGGGCUGCAUUCUAGCCCAGAAGUUGGAGAGGGUGAACGGUGACAGGUUGUCAAUGGUGUCAUCGCACUUUACUGCAAGUAUUACUUCUAAAUUAGCCUCUUCUGCUUUAGUUGACACAAAAUCUGGCAAUAAACUAAGUGCAUCCAUCAGAAGUGUUGUAUCAACAUCAAAGCCAAAUGUUGAGUGCAAACAAAUAGACCUCUGUGCUGCUUCUGCAAGGGGCCUUGAAGGAUUUACAAGCAUAGUUGAAAAAAAGGAAUUAAAUCCCAAGAGACUUGUUAAGGCUGACUUCGACCUUGAUCCAGGUUUUGUGCUAAGACCAGGAACGUUCGAUGUUAUAUUGUGUGUAGAUGUGAAUGAGACAACGUCAGGAGAAGCCAAGUCGAGAAAAGAUGCUCUUAUUCCGGAACUUAAGAACAAUGGAGUACAGUUUGAUGUGCGCAAACUGCAGCUCGGAGACUUCCUCUGGGUGGCUCGUGAAAGAACUGUUCCAACACCAGGUUGUUUGUCAGUACCUGUGGCUCGAGAACUUAUCCUGGAUUACAUUGUGGAAAGGAAAAGAAUGGAUGAUCUCUGUGGAAGUAUCAUCGACGGUCGUUUCCACGAGCAAAAGUUUCGACUUCGCCAUUGUGGUCUCAGACACCCAAUUUACCUGGUGGAGGAUUUUGGCUCAAUUCAGCACAUGAGUCUACCGGAGAGUACAUUGCUUCAAGCUAUUGUUAACACGCAGGUGGUAGAUGGCUUUUUUGUGAAGCGGACACGUGAUUUGAAAGAGAGUGUUGCAUAUUUAACAGUCAUGACUCGCUAUCUGCAAAAAUUUUGCACAAAUAAAACUCUUGUCAGCUGUCAUCAAGCAGGCCUGGAGGAAGCGCGUUUAAACAACGAUAAGGAAGGAACUAAAAUGUACCUCAUGAAUUUCCCCGUGUUCAAUGAUUCAACUGUCAAAAAUAAGGUGAUGACAGUGAGUGAAGUGUUUGCCAAGCAGCUUAUGCAGCUGAGUGGAGUGUCUCCUGACAAGGCUGCUGCAAUACUGGACAAGUAUCCCACGCCUAGAAGUUUGUUAAAUGCAUACAAGGUACAGAAGAGUGUGGAAGACAAGGAAUUGCUCCUCUCUGUGCUGAAAUGCGGUGAAAAUCAAAGGACGUUAGGACCGUCUCUGAGUAGACUGAUUUAUCAGCUGUUCUGUUUGCCUUCCCUGUGUUAACAAUUGAGGUGGAAUAUCAGAUGUUAGGGAGCUGGUUUCUCCUUUUUCUUUCUCUAUGUGUAACUAGAACAGACAAGUUGUGCAGAUUGGGCAUCCGCGGAUGGAAAUUGUUACUGAUAUUACAGUUAGAUAAACCUCAAUUCUGCUCCAUAUCAUCUUUGCGCUAAUUUACAUUGUAUGGCAGCUUAAAUCCUUACAUGUUAGAAAUGUUAGAAUAUUAUAGGGUCAAGAACAUACUCUGUGUUCUUUGGUCUUAAUAAAAAAAUCUGUUUAGGUUAA